AUGUUCGUCAAUCUGAUAGCCCGUGCUACAUCCCGAGUCAUUGCAGGCGAGGCCCUCCGCCGAAACGAAGAAUGGCUGGAAACCGCAAGCUCCUACUCUGUGAAUGUAGGGCUAACCAUCUUGCUACUCCGUCCGGUCCCCACAUAUCUCCGGCCUCUCGUUGCACGUUUUCUCCCCCCAGUACAACAGAUGAAAUCCCAGCUGCAGUUCGUAAAAGACCUCUUCAUCCCAAUCAUCAACGAGCGCAGAGCUUCACAUGAGAAAGCAGUGCAAGAGAAUGACCCGGGCUAUGUAGCUCCAGACGACUUGUUGCAGUGGAUGAUGGACAUGGGAGAAACCAAAGAGGAUGAGGAUCCCAAGCUACUAGCACAUCAUAUGCUGUUAUUGAUGAGUCUGGCGGUUGUGCAUACGAGUGCGAUGGCUAUGUGUCAUGCACUUUAUGAUUUGCUUCAGAGGCCAGAGUAUAUUGCGCCCUUAAGGAAGGAGAUCAUGGCAACCUUGACGGAUGGAUGGGAGAAUGCGACCAAGCGGUCGUUUGAUAAUCAGAGGAGAUUGGAUAGUUUUUUACGAGAGUCGCAGCGGUUUGGGUCACCAGGAGAAUUAUCUUUCCACCGUAUCGUUAUGGAACCUCUCGCCUUAUCCGACGGUCUUUUCCUCCCCGUAGGAACACAUAUCUGCUUUCCUUCGGGUCCUAUCAGCAAAGACCCCACCCAUGUUGAGAAUCCGGAAACAUUUGAUGGCUUCCGUUGGUGCCAGAAUCCGACUGAUCGAAACGCCCUCAGAGAAAUUUCUGGCCAGAAGACGCCGACGGAAGAAAAGCACAGCGACCAGAGUCGUGGGGAUGAGAAGAGCAAUCAACAGCAGGUGUUGAAGCAGGUUCCGUCGACCUCAACCAGUUUUGUUAGUAUCAGUGCGUCCAGUAUGCAUUUCGGGGCCGGUGCUCAAGCUUGUCCUGGCCGGUUCUUUGCGGGGUGCAGCAUUAAAGCGAUUUUCAGUAAGAUCAUCAUGGAUUACGAUUUCAAGUAUGAAGAAGGGAGGUGCAACUGGAGGCCAGCGAAUAUUUGCGUUGGGGAGCAUAUUUUGCCUAACACUGGCACGACUGUAAUGUUUCGGAAGAGGUUGAUAGAGGUUGCUUGA